UGAUGGUGUGUAUUGAUGUUUAUAGUGGUGGUGAUGAAAGGCUGGUAGUGUUGUCGUAUAGAAGUGGUGAUAUGGUGUUACAGUGACGAUCGUAAUGGUGGUGGUGGUCGUAGUGGAGGUGAUAUCGUGAGGUAAUGGUGAUGAAUGUGGUGUUGCCUUCUACAGGGGAUUGUGAUGGUGAUGGUGUUGUGCAUUAUAGUGAGGGUUUAAGAGGCGAGGAGAGAAGAGGAAGGGGAGGAGGAGGAGGAAGAACAACUGAGGAAGAGGAGCUGUCACUAUAGAAAGAGGAGGAGGAGGAGGAGCCAGUGUCGUGAAGAGGAAAAGAGGAACUCAUAAGAAAGAGGAAAGGAAAGGAACAAGAGGACUCAAGAGGAACGAACGGUGGGAAGUGGAGGAAAGAAGAGGAGGAAGAGGAGGAAGGAGGGACACAGGAGAGAAGAGGUGCAAGAGGAGGAAGGAGGGACACAGGAGAGAAGUGUAAAAAGAGUUAAUUAAAAGAGAAAACCAAAUAGAAGAAAGAGGAAAGGAAAGGAACAAGAGGACUCAAGAGGAACGAACGGUGGGGAGUGAAGGAAAGAAGAGGAGCAAGAGGAGGAAGGAGGGACACAGGAGAGAAGAGGUGCAAGAAGAGUUUAAAGAGAAAACCAAAUAGAAGGAAGAGGAAAGGAAAGGAACACGAAGACUCAAGAGGAAGAACAGUGAGAAGUAAAGAAGAGGAGCAGGAGGAGGAGGAGGAAGACACACAUGAGGGAAGAGGAGCAAGAAGAAUACAAGGAGGAGAAAACCAAGUCGAGGUAAGAGGAGGAGGAAAACACUUAGAAGAGAGCAGAGUGGAGGAGGCGCCGACAAGAGGCAAGAGUAGCAUAAGAGGUACCAGGAACAAGAGGAGGAGGAGGAGAGAACCAAGUGGAGGCAAGGCGAGGAAGACACUUGAGGGGGCACAAUAAGAGCAGCAGGCGGCGUGAGGAGGGCCGUGCCGAGGUGCUUCCUGCUCCCUGCCCCGCCGUGCCCGCCGCGGCUUCCGUGUGGGGCACCAAGGUCGCCGCGGCCCUCGCCUGGCCCGGGGAUGAGUGCCCCGGGGCCGCGCGUGGCCGCCCCGCAGGUGUAGCGCCCCGGGGGUGUCCGUGCCACCUGUCGUGCCACCUGCUGCCGCCGCCAUGACGAGCGCCCAGCCGCCGCCCCGCCUGGUCACCUCCCAGACGCUGUUCCUGCUGCCGCUGCCCUACACGGCGGGCCCUCCCAUGCAGGCCUCCGCGGCGGGGCCUGGCGGGGCGGCGCGGUGGGGGCGACCGGGCGGGGAUGGGGCGGGUGCCGGGGGCGGGGGCGGGAGAGGGAGCGGGAGCGGGAGCGGGGAGGGGGCCAGCAGCAGCAGCAGCAGGCAGGACAAGAGUGUGGGGCGCGGGGCGGGGCGGCUCAGUGUGUGUAGCCAGCCUGUGGAGGACGGACCCGCGCCGCCGCCCACGCCGCCGCUCUCCGCCCACUCCUCGGACAGCGGGCACUGGACGUCGUGGUCGGGGGGCGGGGAGCAGCACACGUCCCCGCCGCCCUCACCGCGCCUGCCGCGCCAGCUCGAUUCCGAGGGGCUGCGUCAGCUGGACCGCCUCAACCAGCACAACUUGGCUGAUUUUGCCCGCAAGUUACGCGAGCGGGAGAGUGAGGCGGAGGAGCAGCAGCAGCCGGAGCAGCAGCAGCAGCAGCAGCAGGGCGGCGGCCUCUCCAGUGGAACCUUUGACCGCAGUCGCAGCGCGAGGCGGACAAAAGGGUCUGCGGAGGGUCUGUUGGGAGAGGCGCGCGAGGCGUGGCGGGAGCUCGCAGGGGUGACGCCCUCACGCAGGCUCCUGCAGCUGAUGCGCCGCCUCCAGGAGAAGGUGGGAGACUCGGUGCCGUCCAUCCUCGACCACGUCACUUUUGGCAGGUCGCCAGCACCACGCGUUUCCAAGCGAUCCCCUCUCAAGGAUUCCUCGCUGUUCAACACGGGCGGCGGCGGCCCGCUGCAACAGACACAGCAGCAGCAGCAGCAGCAGCAGCUGGCCGUGGCCACGGCCUGCGGCGCCCUCGUGGCGGGCGGCGGCCAGGUGCGGACCUUUGUCAACACGAGCCGCCUGCCCGGCCUGCGAGAAGACCUGCUCAACAACAACACCGCGGCGGGGCACGACGCCCCCGUGUGUCUGGCGCGGCCCGGCGGCCCCCGCGGCCAGUGGCGGCAGCUGCCCCACCCCGACGCCGAUAUGACGCAGAUCAAGGAGAACGUGGCCGUGGCGGCGCCCGUCAGGCACCGCCGGAACAAGAGCAAGACGCGGCCCCCCAGCCCCGCGGGGGAGCGGCGCACCCCUUCCCCCUGCCCCCCCUCCCCUCGGGACAACAGCCGCUCCAGGCAGCCUCACAUACUGCCUCCACCUAGGGACAGAAGCAUUCCCAGGGACGCCUCCCGCCAGCGGGGCCCCCCGGGCCAGGGCAGGGACGCCAGCCGCGUUCGCCAAAAUGAGACACCUCACAUCAGGGACGCCAGCCCCGUCAAGGCGCCCCGGGAGUCCCUGGGGCAGCCCCGGGGGCGGGACAGGACCAACCGCUCACACCUGCGGGACCUUCCUCCCCUGGCAGGUGAUCGGCCCCGGGGGGGCGGCAUGCGCGGUGUGUCCCAGCCCGCCGUGCCCCACAGCCCCCGGAGCCAGGACCCCCGGCACCCGCGGCCCGCUAAGCAGCGGGACAAGACGCUGCCGCCCACGCCGCGGGACGCCUCCAGCGGCAGGCCCAGGAACGCCGAUGUGCUGGCGACGCUCAACGGCCACGCCCGGCACGCCGCGACGCCCAACGGCCUGGCGUCCCCACACACGGCGCGGCGCAGCCCCGGGCCCCCGCAGCCCGGCAGGCCACGGAGGGGGCGGGGCCGGGGGGGCGCCCAUUGCCCUUCCAUCGGUGACAGUGAGUCCGAGGCGGGGUCCGCCGCGCCCCGCAAGAUGUCCACGGACUCCUCCUCGUCGGGGGUGAGCGGCUCCUCGGGUGAGGCGCUCCCUGACCUGUGUCCCGCCACGGCGGCCAUGAACCUCCGGAACCUGGCCGCCACGCGCGUGGCCGCCGCCGCCGACGGGACCAGGUGUGUGGAGAAUGGCGGCGGCUUCUCGCCCCACCAACACCUGCACGCCCGCACGCCCUCGCCGGCCCGCCCGCCACCCUCCCCCUCACCGUCCCCGCAGCGGCGCGGCGCGGGGCGGGGCGGGGCGGGGCGCUGGGUGUGUGAACGGCAGGGGGGCGCCGUGGCGGUGCUCAUCAACCACUACGACACCCCGGGGAGCAGCGACCCCCUGCUGCGGCCCGCCACCAAGCUGACCUCCUCCCGCAUGUCCGUGCUCAAGCCGCGCCCCAGGCACCACCACUCCCCCGGCCCUGCCCCCGGCCCCGGCCCCGGCCCCGGCCCCGCCCCUGCCCCGCAGGUGAAUGGCAGGCCGAAGGAGAACAAGAAGCACAAGAGUCGCGUGCACGUGGGCGGCGGGGAGCCCCACCCCCUGGCCGGCCCCCGCCACCAGUCCCCCUCCCCCGCCCGGAGGCAGCAGCCCCCCGUCAAGGCCACCACCAUCAACAUAUCCCUGGGCCCGGCGCCCCCCAACGGCACCGUGGCGCCCAGGAAGAAUGGGACGGGGGUACGUCAGCCGGGGCGGGGCCGGGGCGGGCGGGGGGGCGGCAGAAGGGAGGAGGUGCCGCGCCCCCGGUCCGGGUCACGCCUGAUACGCAAGGAAACGUUUCGUGUGGUGCGGCCGCUGGAGGGGCAGGGCGGGGGCGGGGCGGGGGGCGACCCCUGCCCCAUCACCCCCUCGCUGCGCCUCCGCUACCUGAUGCAGCGCGCCCACAGCACCUCCAACAGCGACAACAGCGCCGAGAACAGCAGCGAGGAGAACGCGCUGAGUGAGUUCAACUUCCUACACGAGAGAGAGGCCGCGGGAGGCGUAGGAGGAGGAGGAGGAGGAGGAGGGGACGACGGUGGUGUGGUGGAGGGAGAGGAGCUACAGGUGGGCGGUGGCGGCAGUGUGGGCGUAGGCGUAGGCGUGGGCGGCGGGAGAGGAGACGCCGUGGAGGUGGAAGAAGUUCGACCAAGAAAGCUCCCGUUGUCUCGAUUCGACCGCGACCGAGACUCAGCCUAUGACACCUUCCGGGCCCCCCAGUACGGAGCGAUGGGUAUGGAACAGUUCCGCCUCAUCUCCGUGCUGGGUCGCGGGCACUUCGGGAAGGUGAUCCUGGGCCAGUACAAGAACACCGGGGAAUACUUCGCGAUCAAGGCGCUGAAGAAGGGCGACAUCAUAGCGAGGGACGAGGUGGAGAGCUUGCUGGCCGAGAAGAGAAUAUUCGAGGUGGCCAACUCCGUGCGGCAUCCCUUCCUGGUGAACCUCUUCGCGUGCUACCAGACCGAGAGUCACGUGUGCUUCGUCAUGGAGUACGCAGCGGGCGGGGACCUCAUGAUGCACAUCCACGCCGACGUAUUCGACGAGCCUCGCGCCGUCUUCUACGCCGCGUGCGUCGUCCUGGGCCUUCAGUACCUCCACGACAACCGCAUAAUUUACCGGGACCUUAAACUCGACAACCUGCUCUUGGACACCGAGGGCUACGUCAAGAUCGCCGACUUCGGGCUCUGCAAGGAGGGCAUGGGCUACGGGGACCGAACAGGGACCUUCUGUGGCACGCCCGAGUUCCUUGCGCCCGAGGUCCUCACGGAGACGUCCUACACCCGGGCCGUGGACUGGUGGGGCCUCGGCGUGCUGAUCUUCGAGAUGCUGGUGGGCGAGUCGCCCUUCCCUGGAGACGACGAGGAGGAAGUGUUCGACAGCAUAGUGAACGACGAGGUGCGCUACCCACGCUUCCUGUCCAUCGAGGCCGUGGCCAUCAUGCGCAAGCUGCUCAGGAAGCACCCGGACCGCCGCCUCGGAGCCAGCGAGAAGGACGCCGAGGAUGUCAAGAAGCAGCAGUUCUUCCGUAGCGUCUGUUGGGAUGAUUUGCUCCAGAGGAAAGUGAAGCCGCCGUUUGUGCCCACCGUGACGUCGCCGGAGGACGUGAGCAACUUCGACGAAGAGUUCACGCUGGAGAAGCCCGCUCUCACCCCGCCCAAGGACCCGCGCCACCUCAACGAGUCCGACCAGAACCUCUUCAAGGACUUCAACUACAUGGCUGACUGGUGCUGAGCGGCAUGACGCCCACAAGACACACUCAGCGAGGGCCCAGCGCCCCCCCCUACGCCCCCACGCCUGCCCUGCCGUGCCCCAGAGCUCUACAGGGCCAUAGCGGCGGCGGCGGACUCACAGCCCCGCCGCCUCGCUCUUUGCUCACGAGGCGGGUCAAGGAUCGCAACAGCCUCGCGAGGCAGACCCGGCGACGGUGCCCUCCACGCCUUGCUCACGCCCUCCCCCUCCUCAGCACUGCCGGGUAGACAGGGGCCAGAACACCUACCUGUCUGCCCCUCUGUCUCCCCGUGUCGCCGCGCCCUGCCUUGCCCUGGCCGCUGUUUGCCCCCUGCUGUCAGCGCCCUGCCACCUCAGCACCAGGUCGAAAGAUGAUGAUGAAGAUGACGAAUUGUGAGAACAAAAACAACAUCAACAAGAACAAGAAAGAAGAAGAAAACGAGAAAAAUGUCAAUGCCUCUUUCUCACUCUCUCGUUAGUUCAGUUAGCAGUCAAUUCUUUUCACGCUUUCUCGUCUGUUUUAACUUUGCCUGUGAACCCGAGCUCGUGAUACAACAAGCCUGGGUUCACUAUCUCCCUCUGUCUCACUCUUUCUCUCCCUGACUGUGGUAAUAACUAACUAACCACCUGACUGACUGACUGCCCGUCCAAAUUACACAACCUUUUUAUGUGAUAACCCGUGGCCUUCCCAGCGGUAAACUUCUGAAUGCAACUAUUUAUUCGUAUUUGUGAUAACUUGCUCGAGGUUGUCACUGUAAACAAACCUCACCCCAGACCCCUCAUUCCCCUCCCCCUGAUCCCCCUCACUUCCCUUUCCUCCCCCCACAAACAAUCCUCACCCCAAGACUUCUCAUCCCCCCCCCCUCUUACUAAUCCCUCCUCUCUCGUUUUCCUCUUCCCUUUCUCCAUCAAACCUACCCAACUUACCUUAACUUAUUCCUUUUUCUCUCUUUCCUCCGUUUCCUCUUUCCCUUCGUCCCCUAACCCCUAUUUUCCUCCUCUUCCCCUUCCUCUAACCUACCCUUUCCCAUCCACGCCAAUCCUUUCUCUCCCUACCUUAGUCUCUUCCCCUCCUUUCUCUCCCUACCUUAGUCUCUUCCCCUUCCCUUAACCCAACCCCUCCCUAUCACAAUCCCUUUAUGUCCCCAUCUUCCCCUUCCCCUUACCUCACUCACCGCCUUCAUAUAAUACUCACCCCCUACCUCCGUCCCAUUCCCCCUCCCCCUCCCCCUGCCCUUCCCCUUUACACCGAAACGAAUGUAGGUACCGAGGCAGCCCCUUACCCCUUUACCUUUAGCCCUUUAAACUUUAAUUAAAGGCCGGAAGGAAGGUAUUGAGAGCUGCGAGUACUGUUUUAAGGCAGCUAUCCCCCCCCCACGACCCCCCCUUCCCCCUACCCCUUUACACACACACACACACACACACACACACACACACACACACACACUAUAUCACCAAAAAUAUGCAAAAAAAAAGAGAAACGAAUACAUUGGGAUUUAAAUUCGUGUUUUCACCUGUUACAUUUUUUAAUAAAAGGUGUGAAGACCGAUCAAGCUCCCUUACUCACCUUUUUAACCCCCCUCUCCCCUUUACUCCCCUCCCCCCACCCACCCCUUCCCCUUCGAACUAGCAGCUGUCACAACCCCCGAAAGAAGAAGUAGAGUUAAGAAGAAGAGGAGGAGUGAAUCGAUGCUGUAGAUUUGGAAAUAUUACGAGGACUUUGUAAUUACGUUUGUGUGUUUCUGCAGCUCGGUGGUGUCUUGUAUAAAUAGUUUUUAAUAAGGAGGCCGAGCGUGAAAGUGUUAUUAUUAUUAUCAUUAUUAUUAUUAUUAUUAUUAAAACUUUCUCCAUUAUGGGCCGUGUUUUGAAAAGCCCGCUCAACAAGACGUUCGUUCUUCUCUACCUUUUAUUGUCAUCCUUUUUUUAGUUUUUAUUUUAUUUGGUUCAUUCUCAUUAUUAUUAUUAUUGUUUAUAUGUAAAUGUACAGUGAUAUGUAAGGACAGCUUGGUACACAUUAAUUAAUUAUUCUAUCUACCUACCAACUUCUUUUUCUCUCCUUUUUUAUUUGUCUUAACAUUAUCAGUCACAAGGUAAUUUAGGAUCCCGUUUCUUGAGGUAAUUGAGUCUGGUUGUAAUUAUUGUCUUUUCCCUCUUUCGUCUUUUUUUUCCACUUGUUACUAAAUCUCACUGUCUUGUCUCUUUCUCCUCUUAAGUCUUUUUGGAAUUUUUUUUCUAUCAACAAAGUUUUCCUUCUUACUCUUUCAUUUCUCAUAAUUGUUAAUCUCAUUUCUUUUUUAUCUUCCUCUUCUUGUUCUUUAUUCGCUAGUUCUCUUCUCUUUCUUUUUAUUAUCCUUUUUUAUGUAACUUUUUUUUUAAAUUUCCUUUCUUCUGAUCUCAUUCUCCUUUUUUUCUUUUUUAAUCUAUUUUUUUCUAUAUUUCGUUACUUGUAUUCGUUUAUGUCUCCUCUCUUUUGUUUGUCUAUUUUUUCCGUUACUUCUGUUCUCUCUUUCUCCUCUUGGUCUUUCUCUUCUGUGUCACGUUUGUAUAUUAUUACGUUUCCCGCGCUGCUGCCAAAUCUCCCUCCCUCGUUGCCAUAUACCGCCAGCCAGCCAGCCACAGCAUUCAUUGUCUUCUAAUCAAAACAAAAGAAAUUCAUUGCUGCUAAUAAUUUUCAGUAUAGCCUAUUUAUUGUUAUUUUUUCAUCAUUAUUAUUAUCAUUAUCAUUGAUAUUUGUAUAAUCUUCAGGCAUUUAUAUGGACAUUAUUAUUCUUAUGUAAAUUUAUGACUAUUGCUGAUUUUUUUUUUUUUUUUUUUUUUUUCAUAUAAUCACCGUCGGUCGAUCUGAUUUUCAUUAACUUUGUAUUCUUUGUCAAUUAAUAAUCAUUUCAUUGUUUUUUUUAGUGAUUUUUUUUUUCACUGUCCUGCGUUGUUAGGAUUGUGUAUGAUAAUUAAGGACGUGUUUGUUUCCUUCUCUCCACUGCUUCUGUGUCUUAUAACUUAUUCUCUUAAUGUUAGUCGGCAUCCGCCAGCCCCGCCCCGCCCCGCGCCGCCGAGGGCGUGUGUACAGAAGGUUAUGCACUCGUGUAAGGGUUAACAGUCUGUUUUUGUAGCUAUCAUGUCUUCAGUAAAUUUAUACAAAUAUAUUUUA